GUCGGGGGAAGUUUAAAACCCUAUUGCGCCUGCGCAGCGCGUCCUUCGUGUCCUUCGCCGGGCGCCAUGGACGACGAGGAGGAGACGUACCGCUUGUGGAAGAUCCGGAAAACCAUCAUGCAGCUGUGUCACGAUCGAGGUUACCUGGUCACCCAGGAUGAGUUGGACCAGACCCUGGAGGAGUUCAAAGCCCAGUUUGGCGACAAGCCCAGCGAAGGGAGACCCCGGCGGACAGACCUCACCGUGUUGGUGGCCCACAACGAUGACCCCACCGAUCAGAUGUUUGUCUUCUUCCCAGAGGAGCCGAAGGUUGGGAUUAAGACCAUCAAGAUGUACUGCCAACGGAUGCAGGAGGAAAACAUCACCCGGGCCCUCAUCGUGGUACAACAGGGCAUGACUCCAUCAGCUAAGCAGUCUCUUGUAGACAUGGCUCCCAAGUAUAUCCUUGAGCAGUUCCUUCAGCAAGAGCUGCUGAUCAACAUCACUGAACACGAGUUGGUUCCUGAGCACGUUGUCAUGACCAAAGAGGAGGUGACCGAGUUACUGGCCCGAUAUAAGCUCCGAGAGAACCAGCUCCCCAGGAUCCAGGCCGGGGACCCGGUGGCUCGCUACUUUGGAAUCAAGCGAGGCCAGGUGGUGAAGAUCAUUCGUCCCAGCGAGACGGCCGGACGGUAUAUCACCUACCGGCUGGUGCAGUAGCCGGCAAAACUACUUUGCAAGAUUUUGAACAGCAUACCUAACAAGAUACCAACACUUCUCCUAUAUUGCCUCGUGGUUUCGUCAAUUUUCUGUGCAGUGUGGAGACGGCAAACCUGCCUUCCCAGUGACCGCAAGGAUUGGAAUUUGGGGCGUACGUGUUUGUGUCUCUUCUGGAAAUCCCAGGUGGGUGGGAAUCUUCUUGGACAUAUGAUUGCUGCUUCGAACCACCCAAGCUUCUAGAUCUCAAGAUCUGAAGUGGAACCAGUUGCUAACGCCACAAUAAGCACCCUUCUGAUAAUUCCACCCCCAACUGAACUGGGCCUGGGUAUAUUUUGCUUACGCUGAUGGGGUGGCCUGGAAGCAGCUUUUUGCUGUGUGCUUUGGAAGAAGACGCGUGGAUGGAGGACGUAUGUAGAGGCCUCUCUGCCUUUAGAGUGUGCUUGCAGUAAGCAAUUUGCGAGAAAAAGGAUUUUCUGGACUCCUGAGAACGUCCCUCUUCCUUUCUCUGUUUUGCUGAUCACUGCUGGGGGAAAUCCGCCUCUCUCAAAAGGAGCCCCGACUGUCUUAAUAAGGUUAUCAUUUCAAUAAAGCAUUGGAACUAAUAA